AGCAAACCUUUGAGACUGCAUUGUGCGCGCGUGCGCGUGCCGACUCGCCAGGCGGCAAUUAGCCCCAAGCUGCGCUCUAUCUACUGUGUCAUGUGGAGGACUUGUGAGCACGCGCCGCGUCGCGUCUCGACGAGUCUGUGCGUGUGGCAGUCAGCCGCUGUCGGCUUGUGUGUGCGCGCGCGCGCGCAUUCGGCUGUUGUUUACUCUUCUGCUGCUGGUAUCUUCAUCUUCUUCCUCCUUAGCCUCUCCUCCCAGCAUCCUCGGCUGUGACGCCACCUCGACGUCAUCAUUUGGAUUUUUGUCUCCUCCAAGUGGACGUUCACCGUCAUUGUUUUUCCUACUUUCAGGUGCACGUGACGUGGGAGGGAGGGGGGUUUGAAAAACAGCCGAAAGAAUGUCUUAUCAAAAGUUCCACAGUCAACUCUUUUUCCUACACGCAAACUAAACGGUGUGCGUGUUUUUUAAUGGGUGGUUUUUAAAUCAUUUCAAAUAAUCAAUCAACUUGACCCACUUGCAUAAAUGACGCCACAUCCCAACGACUUGACUUGCUUCAGCUGCAAAAGUCAAGAAGUGAGUGGACAGAACUAAAUGAGGCUGUAAUGGCGGCAUCUCGACUCAUCACGGAGGAGCUCGUAGCGCUCUUUGUCCAGAGAAUCUCCGCGUUUGAAAACGCCACAAACGCCGAGCUGGAGUUUAUCGAGGUGGCCAAAAACUUUGAGAGCGUCAGGAAGCGUUGGCUGCACGCCGAGACGGAGCUCAAAAAGUACAAGGAGUUGCUGGUCAAGUCGGACGUGGCCAAAGCGGCGCUGGAGGUCAAACUCAAGCAUGCCCGCAACCAGCUGGAUGUGGAGAUGAGGAAACGCUGCAAGGUGGAAAACGACUAUCAGUACCUGAAGCAGAUGCAACUCAUGUGCGACAUCCUCGUUCACGACAGCAAGUCCGGCGCGUGUUUGAACGCAGAGCAGAAAUCCCUCUUGGCCGCAUUUGAACACAAAGGCGCAAAUAAGUCUUUGCGCCGCAGCGGCAAACGGUUGUCCGCCAUCGACGAGUCAUCCUUCUGUUGGCACUCCGACAUCAGCUACGAUCGCACGGACGACGAUGUGGCGGCGGACUCGGAGGUGGCUAGCUUAACUCGCCGCUUUCAGUGCUCGGACGCGACGUCGAUGAAACCUCUGCGCUCGCGAGCCCGAGAGAGGAGGCGGUCGUCGAUGGGUCUGCCGCUUGCCGCGCCCGUAACGAAGACGGACCAGAUUGUUUCCACUUGGCCGCAGGAGCCAAAAAUUGUGGAGAAGACUGAUGAGACCGCUGUCAAGGAACAAUUCACGACCCCCGAGACCGAAGAUCACGGCCACGCGGCGGUCGGAACUCUGCGGGACACGCCUGAGGCAAAAGACGCCAGAGAUGACGGCGGAGCGGAGAAGGAGAAAUGUCAGACUCACGUCUUUCUCUCCAAAACUGUGAUCCGGCCCGAGGUGUGCUCGCCUUGCGGGAAGAGAAUCCGCUUUGGCAAGGUGGCGGUCAAGUGCAGAAACUGCCGCGUGGUUUGUCACACGGAGUGCAAAGUCCAAUGCGGCGCGAGGUGCGCCGUCGUCGGCGGUACCGGUCUUUCGGAGGCUUCCGGACGAUACGGGAGCGGCGGUUUUCGAGUCUCUGCUCAUCGAGCUUCGCUAGAGGGUUUGGCUCCCGCCGAACGUCCUAGGAUCCCCGCGCUCGUCGUCCAGUGCGUGAAAGAGAUCGAGAGGCGGGGCUUACAGGAGCGCGGCCUUUACAGAGUCCCCGGCGGCGAGCGUCAGAUAAAGGAGUUGCGCGACGGCUUCUUGGCCGCUAAAGCGCAGCUGCAGCUGAGUAGCGUUUCGGACAUCCACGUGGUUUGCGGCCUCCUGAAAGAUUUCCUCAGGAAGCUGAAAGAACCUCUGCUUACCUUCAAGCUCCACGGCGACUUUGCCGCCGCCGCGGAGAUGAGCGACGAGCGGAAGAGUUCCGCCGCCGUGAUGCGAGCCGUCGCGGAGCUUCCCGGGCCCAACAGAGACACGCUGGCCUUCCUCGUCCUGCAUUUCUACAAGGUGAUUCGAAGUCCUCGCUGUCAGAUGGACAAGAAUAAUAUCUCGCGAGUGUUUGGACCCACGCUCGUCGGACACGGACUGGCCGAGCCGUCGCCGUCGACCGUCGUGCGCGACGCAAACGCUCAGCCGAAGGUCAUUUACGGCUUGUUGUCACUCCCCGAAGACUACUGGAGGCAUCUCCUCGCCGUCCGGACGCCCUCGUCUCAAAAAGGCGCCGACGGAACACGAGGACCGGUUCGAUUCUUUGAGCCGCUGAUGUCUCCCGAAGUGAAAGAAAACCACUUUCAAAUUCACGUGGGAAAGGGUGAGCCAUCGAGGAGGUUUUUUACAUCACCCACCUGACACGUCAGAAGUGGGUGUACAAGUUUUGGAAGAAAAUGAAAAAUAAAGAUUACACUGUGCAACAA